AUGCCUCGCCAGGUCAUCUAUAAGACGACCAUGGGCCCGGCUCGCCGCACUCGCGCUCACAGCCAGGCUCUCAUCAACAGUGCAGGUGCCGCCGCCGCCGUCAGCAAGAUUACUGUCACUGCGAUGCCUAACAUCAAGGGGUCGAACACCUCGACCACCGAGGCCCAGGCUAAAAAGGUCAAGAAGGAAGAGAAGGCCAAGCAGGUUGCGAAGGGUGAAAAGGUCCAGAAGCCGAAGCCUCGCUUCGACACCUUCCACCCGUUCCCCCGUCUCCCCAACGAGAUCAAGGCCAUGAUCCUGUGCGAGUACAUCGACUUCGAGCCUGCCAUCAUCUACGCUAGCUGCAAGGCGAACAAGUACGUCCCGGGCCUCAUCGACGUCAACACUGGCAAGGACGGUAGGCACUCGAAAUACAAGUGCCUCACUGAGCUCACCAAGGGCAUUCCCGAUUUCAAAGCCUACAUCGAGCGCCAGAUUGGUGUCUCCUUCCACGACCUGUCCUACCGCCCCCAGGAAGGCGUCCGCAAUGGUAAGGAUCUCAUAGUCCUCAUCUUCAACGAGAAUUGGAGUCAUCACCUGAACUGGUACAGCGCUUCCCAGCGGGAGCUGAAUCGCGAGAAGUUUGUGCCUGGCAUCGAGAACAUUGGCGUCAUGUACGAUUCGAGCCGCCUUCGCAGCAUGAAUCGGGUCUUUAGACGCUCUACUCGUCCUUGCUCGAUUAUUGAUCUCGGCAUGAUGAUCAUGAACCUUCGUGACAUCAAGAACUUCUACAUUCUUGUCAAGCUGCGCGGCGGCAGUCAGCCUGAGCAAAAGAAGUGGAUGAAGAAGCGGCUCCGCAUUGCGAAGCGUCCCAACAAAGAUCUCGUAGUCUUCGAGGACAAGCAGAGAACUUGGGUGGAGAUCACUCGGUCCACCGCUAGACAUCAGGGAGAUGGCUCUCUUCUGAGAGAUGUAGCCAAUUUCCUCAGACUGACCGAGCGUUUCUACCAUUCAGCUUGCACCAUACAUAAUGGACCUCCCAACGUCCGAUUCCGCAUCCUGGUGGCGUCGCAUUUCCUGAACAAGACGCUGGGGAUUUGA